GCGUCCUCGUGCAAAAACAUGCACAACAUACUUUAUAGCUGACAAUCGUGGACACCUGUUUCGUAGUCAAGAUAAAAAACCUGGUGAUUGUCCAUGGGGUCAUUAUGUUGGAACAUGGGAUUUACCAUGUCAUUAUCCGGGUAAUUUUAUAAAUAAUCCAACUGCUAGAAAUCCUGAGGCAUUUAAGGAAUCACAAAAGAAAAGUCAGUUGUACCAAGCAAAACUUGAUUUAGCUAUAUCGAACAAAAGUCGCUCAAUUCUUGAAAGGCGUCCUCGUGCAAAAACAUGCACAACAUACUUUAUAGCUGACAAUCGUGGACACCUGUUUCGUAGUCAAGAUAAAAAACCUGGUGAUUGUCCAUGGGGUCAUUAUGUUGGAACAUGGGAUUUACCAUGUCAUUAUCCGGGUAAUUUUAUAAAUAAUCCAACUGCUAGAAAUCCUGAGGCAUUUAAGGAAUCACAAAAGAAAAGUCAGUUGUACCAAGCAAAACUUGAUUUAGCUAUAUCGAACAAAAGUCGCUCAAUUCUUGAAAGGGUAAACCAUUUUGCUCUUUUGCUGUUUAUAUAUAUUUGCUUUGCUAUCGUUUUAAGAAAACAGUUUGUAUUUAAAUAACAGUAAUCAAUCACAAAUGACGUACUCCAUGUUACUGGUACUUCGAUCAUACACUGAUAUGUCACUCCGUUCUAUUACCGGGCUGUGAAACAUGGCCGUUAAAAGUGGAGAAUAUCAGAUUGCAGGUGAUUGACAGCAGGCUUCUCCGCAGUACCGCCCGCGUACAGCGGAAUCAGCAUGGAGCCAUUUUGAGAUUAGAUGAAGGGCGAUGCAUAAAUCAACGGAUCAGGUUGUAAACUUCACCAGCUGAUGUGACACAAAUAUGUGUAACGUGUUCUGAGACAGAACCUAUCUCGACGUACAACUUUUGAAGUAGGACUGGAAUAGAAGAAAACAGGGCAGGAUAACCAUACCAAGACGAGAUAGCAGUCCAUCAAAUCUCUCUCUGUUAGUCUGAGCCAAACAGACAAAUGUAGACUACUUCAAAUGCAGGCCAUGCUUUCCAAUUCAUUAUGUAGGUUAAACCAACACAAAGAACUCCAGGCAACUGUCUACAUCCGACUGCUUUGGUGAGAUGAGUGGGGCUGACGGAGUACUGUAUUCUCUACUACUUGAGGAAUAACUACACAGUCACCAAACACUAGGCAACUGUCAACUACUGAGAGGGAAUCCCAUCAGGGAAAACUGUUUGAUUUUUGGGUAACUGAUAUGCGAUACCUAACCUCAACGAAGAAAGUUGAUGAAGUUACGUAUCACAUGGUACAGACAACUAGUUUUUCUUACAUUUGUGAACGAUAAGGAUGCGAGAUUGACGGCGUUAAUCAGAAGUUUUUUCAUUUGCUCUUCAACGGAAACGGCAGCAAUCACCAUAUCUUCGUUUUCCACCUUGUUACUUCCAAGAAGUUGUGAAAGUGAAUCAACUUGAGCAAGUUCAUAGAUGGACUUUAUUUUGAAAUUGUGACCCAGCAAAAUAACUGCUCAUUUCUGAAGACGAUUCGCUCUGUAAAAUGGGAUUUUUUUUUUCUUAAAAUAGAAAAUUGAUAGGAGGCAUUUAUGGUUAGUAAGCAAAGUAGAAACUGCAACUAUCAAGAUUUUUGUAUGACUUAUUGACUACGAAAACCAACACAAGAUAUUCUCUCUCCAUCUAAUGAUGAUUCUAUUUAGCCCUUGUUAACGUUCUUGAUGCAUGUGCAAUCGGCUUUUCAACACCAUUUGAAAACACAUGAGAUAUGUUUAUACCAAUACCAUAAUUAGAUGCAUCGUCCACUUUCAGUUUAGGAUUUUAAUGUACGAGCAACAUAUUGCAAGAUAAUAUUUUUUAAAUCUUUUCAUAUACACUCCAGCAUUCAUUAAACCAAGUCCAUUUUGCACAUUAUUUUAUUAGCUUGUUUAAGGUUAUUGUCAACUGAAAUAUAUCCAGAACAAAAGAACUGCAGAAACUAAUUAACUUCAGGAAUGAACAUAGUAUACUCACGUUAUGUGAGCAGUCAUCAUUUGAAUCUCUGUGAUAUUUGCCCAAUCCUCUAGACGUCCAUUUUUGCCCACUACAGAUAUUUAGUUGAUUGCAUGAAAAAACUACACUUGUCUUCAUGUAAGUGGAAACUGAAUUCACUGGAUCUUGUCUAGAUGACCGAAAACUUAGUCGCCAGUUGGUCAUCUAAAUACACUGCUAUACCUUGAACUCCGGAAUCACUUAUUCGCCUUCCCACCUCUGAGUUUUCAUUACAAAUAUACAUAUGAUGCUGGGUGGUGAUUGAAAGUGAAAUGAAAAUUUCGGCCGCGGCA